AACUACCACCAUCUCCCUGUUCCUGCAGCUCCGUUCACCAUGGAGAACCCUCAUGCAGAAAGACAAGCCAUACUGCUCGAGCGUAUUGUCAAGAGCGCUGACAAGUGCACCGAGUUGAUCCUCGAGUUCAACCAUUGCAUCCAGGAGAUUCUGCGCGCGAAUGAGAACGUGAACAUCGCCGCUGAUCUUGUGACGAAGUACCGCAAGAACGUGCAGUACAACCUCGAGGCCAUGCGAGAUCUUGAGGGCGAGGAGGAGCAUGCUACGAUUUCGUGAUUUUUGUGAGAGGACCGAGAUCAUAAUGUACUUGAUUCUGUACUAUCAAUAUUCCACUACUCUAUGGAUAGAGAAAGGCAAAUUCUCAUCGAGGCUCGAGGGUCUUACCGUUUAUUGUUAGCCAUUGGCGCGGUCAUAUCUCCCGACUGUAUCCCGCUUCGCAAAACGCUAGCGCUUGAUUUUCGGCCAAUAUGCAACCAUACGUCAGAUCUGUCGAGAU